AUGGUUAGCAAAAUGAUCAAAUUUUAUAUAAUGGCGCUCUUAACAUUUGUGGAUUUGACUCAAACAAACUGUCAAGAAAAUUCAGUGCUGGACGAACUGUUCUUGCCAAUAGUCAGAGAUUUUCAAAUAAGUAUGGGUAAAGUGUUUAGAGAUUUUGAACCAUCCAAUCGACGACUGCUCAAGAGAAUGGGAAAGGCAGUACCAGCACUAUCUCCAACAAAACAGUUUCCCUGUGAUUUAAAAAAUUAUAAGCCCAGAAGCGAUUCCGUGCCAGACAAUGUGCAUAAACUACGGCCUGGAGAUAUUGACGUGAUUGGUGCUAUGGGUGACAGUUUGACUGCAGGAACAGGAAUAUCUGCCACCAGUGUUCCCGAAGAAAUAUUUGUAGCUCAAAGAGGUAGAUCAUGGGCAGGAGGAGGGGAAAAGAAUUGGAGACACUUCCUGACGCUUCCAAAUAUUUUGAAAGAAUUUAAUCCAAAUUUAAUUGGUUUUGCAACUAGAGCAGCACAUAGUACCGAAUGGGAAUCGCAAUUCAAUGUAGCGGAAUCUGGUGCCAUAUCUUCGCAGAUGCCAUAUAUGGCUAAAGAAUUAGUCAAGAGAAUUAAAAUGGAUCCUAGGGUAGAUUUAAACCGUCACUGGAAAAUGAUAACUUUCAUGAUUGGUGAUAACGACUUUUGUUCGGAAGUCUGCAUAUCAAAUAGUUAUUACAAAGCUAUCCAAAAACACAAAGAAGAUUUGUAUAAAGUUCUUAGAUAUUUAAAAGAUAAUUUACCCAGAACCAUAGUCAAUGUUGUGCCACCACCAAGGUUAGAUGUACUAUAUAAAAUGAAAAACUUGCCUCUUAGCUGCUAUUUAACUCAAAACGUGGCAUGCCCGUGUAUUCGAAAUGUCAUAUAUGCAGAUAAAAAGAGAAUAAUGAAAGACUUGAUGAUUAAAUGGCAAAAAUCAGUAAUGGAAAUUGGUACGAUGCCAGAUUGGGGGUCCAAUAAUUUUGCUGUGAUAGUCCAACCAUUUACUUUAAAUCUUACGUUUCCUAAAACAUCAACAGGUGAUCUAGAUUAUAGUUUUUUGGGUCCUGAUUGUUUUCAUUUUUCAGAAAAGGGACAAGCCAGAUUUGCCAACGGUUUAUGGAACUCAAUGAUGGAGCCGUUCGGACACAAAAAUACAGAUGGAAGUGACAACGCCUCCAAAUUCCAUUGUCCUUCUGAGAAACAUCCCUAUAUUUAUACAUUGGAAAAUAGCUGA